AUGGACUUUAUCACGGGUUUACCUCGUUCUUAUCGUAAAUUCGAUUCUGUAUGGGUGAUAGUCAAUAGGCUCACGAAAUCAGCUCAUUUCCUACCGGUCAGAUCUUCAUAUACAUCAGAAGAUUAUGCAAGGUUAUAUAUUAAGGAGAUAGUGCGACUACACGGAGUGCCAAUAUCUAUUAUAUCUGACCGUGAGGCCCAGUUUACAACAUAUUUUUGGAGGUCAUUUCAGAAAGGUCUAGGGACUCAGAUGGCUCCAUACGAGGCUUUGUGUGGGCGUAAGUGCAGAUCUCCUAUAGGGUGGUUUGAUGUUGGAGAAUCUGGGUUACAUGGGCCAGACCUGAUUCAGCAGGCCAUAGAAAAAUGCAUUGGCGAUCCUACCCAAGUGGUGCCCACAGAUGAUGUACAGAUUAUAGAGGACUUGCCAUACGAGGAAAUUCCGGUUGCCAUCCUAGACCGAAAAAUCCGCAAGCUACGAAAUAAGGAGAUAGCAUCCAUGAAGGUUUUAUGGAGAAGUAAGAAGGUGGAAGAUGACGUGGGAAGCAGAGGAAGAAAUGAAGUCUAA